UGUGGUUCUGUUUGAGUAAUUGGUAUUGAAGCACAAAAAUAGCCUGGUGGAAAUGAACAGAGCAGAGAAAAUGAUGUUAUUAUUGGUUUUCAUUUAGAUUAUUUCUACUGGUUUACAAGAGUUUAUGCAAAACGCUGGGAAUAUAAAGUCAUUUACAUUUCAGAGCGUCACUAAUGUCACCAUGUUACUACACUGUAAUAUGCAUUUCACCUGUUCGUUGAAGCGAAUACAAAGCUUAGUGUAGAGUGGACCAGAAUAACUAAGGGCAUCCCGGGGAGCAUUAGAGAUCGUCAAAGUAUUUCAUUCAACAUAUUUAACCAAAUUGACCGAAAUGUAGCUCAUUAUAUGAAAGAAAAUAACGUGUAUUAUCGUGUCAGAUAGGGGCACUUUUUAACCCCUUGAUAUAGACGAUCAGAUAUCUUGCACCCCUAUUGCAUGAAAUGGUGCGCUCCGUGCCUGCAGCCAGGUCUAGCCAGUGCUACAAAGCUGCCACAUCAUUGUGUGCCCAAAGGAUCGCGGGGCUGAAGUGAGCUAACUCCACUGUUGACUUUGUAAAUCAUGAAUGAAUGUCAAAGGAUUGCGGAGGACCUGAUUGCCGCUACCGAAUUAAUUGUUUUGGUGUGUCAAUUAUCCGCGGUGACGAUCUUCAGUUAAAGCGAUACUGCCGUAGCCUAAUGUACCGGUGAUAAUCUAUCUGACAGUGCGAGCCUCCCAAUGACAGCUAACCAAGUAAUGCAGCGGAACGUGCGCGUGCUUUUCUUGUUUUGGUAAACGCGAGAUGAAGUCGCCUGGAGUGAAAACUCUGGUGGUUUGUGUAUUUAGGGAAUAUGCAAGGCGCAUGACACCAAAAUGACUUUAUUUUCCCUUUCGGACUUUAACCCAUCGCUUCAGAAUAUCCAUUACGGAAUGCAACAGAAUCGGUGACCAAGGAUACUGGAAUACUUGCUGGCUGCCCUCUGCUCAAGCAAUAUGCAAUUACAAUUCACCCAAAUUCUCCAUAGUCCUACUGAAGCAACAACGCUGGUCGGGUUAUGAAAUAAAAAUAGUCAUUAUGUCAAGAGUAUUGGAUUUUGUGAGCAUCUCUUUUACUUGCUGCUGUGUGCGUUUCCCUGCAGUCUACCAGUGCCAAUAUUAGUAUUUCCUUUAUGACUUCCUAUCUGUUGUUUUUAUGACGUUUUAGUGUUAUUUAUUUAUCUUCUGACAAGAGAGAAAGAGGACUGUUACAUGCAAUAUAUUCCCACCUUCAAUGAUCUUAUACACAGAGUUUUAAAGUGAUUCUUCUGAUGGAUGAGCAUUAGUCAUGUUGGAGCUAAUAGCAUCCUCUCAUUCACCUCCAUCAAUCAAAUGUUAUUCAAGGACACUUGACAGUAAACAGCCAGAACCUUUGUUUUUAGACUAACGUUUUCAAGCUAAGGUGAUUGGCCUCCGUCUGAGUGUGUGUGUGGAAUGCUGGACAUCAGAAUGAAGGAGGCGUGUCGUAUCUGCGCUCGUGAGCUCUGCGGUAACCAACGCCGGUGGAUCUUCCACCCCGCCUCCAAACUCAACCUCCAAGUGCUUCUGUCCCACGCCCUGGGGCGAGAGCUGACCCGGGACGGGCGCGGAGAAUUUGCCUGCUCCAAGUGUGCCUUCAUACUGGAGCGUAUGUAUAGGUUUGAUACGGUCGUCGCCCGUGUGGAGGCUCUGUCCAUCGAACGGCUGCAGAGGCUGCUCCAGGAGAAACACCGGCUACGGGGUCUCAUCGGAGGCCUCUACCGGAAGACCAACGGGGAGGAGGAUGGCGGUGGUGGAGGGGUCAUUACCGGGCCUGGGGGUACGGGAGGAGGGGUACAGGGGGAAGGUAUGGUGGACAUGUCUCGUCUGACCCAUGCUAAGUACUGUGCUCUGCUCCAGGAGGACUUGGUGUACUCUCUGUAUGAGUCCUGGGCUGAAGAGGGGUUGGAGUUCGGGGGUCACCACCAUCCUCAUCAUGGACAUCGCCCUCAAUACCCAGGGUCAGAGGUGACGGCUGUAGGGUCACAACGCUGUGGGACAGUCACACCUUCACGUAGGAAGUGCCAAGGGUGCACAGCGUGGCGAGUCGUGGACUCGGACUAUGAGGCUGUGUGUAAAGUACCAAGGAAGUUGGCACAAAGUAUUUCCUGUAGCCCAUCGACGAGGUAUUCGGCCAGUGUGAUUGGAGUAGAAAGAGGUAGAGAAGGGGAGGAAGAGCCAGAGGGGACCCACUCCUCGCUCACACUGAUCCCUGGGUCCAAGCUUCAGUCCCGGGCUUCAGACAGUGACCGUACCCUGGCGGGUCGAGCCAGCUCCAGCCCCUCCAUAGACUCCCUGGACAUAGCUGGAGAAUCUACCCGGCUGUCUGCUAUCCAAGACGGGGCCGAGGGGCUAGGAGACCCCCUGGAUGACCGGUUCUCUGACUCCCUGUCUGAGGAGCACGACCUGGUGACCCCGCUGAGAUCCGCAUCCCACCUCUCCCUGGCCCUCUGCCUGGUCCAGAACUGUGUGUACCGGCCUGUCCAGAGCCCCAAGGGAAGCAGAUUGCCUGUGCUGCUCAGACAGAGCCCCAGCGAUGGAGGCUCUAGACUUAGCUUCUAUGAGCCGGCCUUGGGGUUGCUGCAUCGAGGUCCGAAUGGAGAGGGGGAGAUCCAUGGCCAUGUACCUGACGUGGAGGCCCCUCUGAUCAGGCUGGACAGUGAGAUGGAUGGGGGUCUGGACCUGGCUGAGAUGGAGGAGCUGUGGGAGGAUCUGUAUCAUGAGUGUCCUCCCCCAUGCCCCCACCAGCAUAGCGUAAUGUAAUGUAGGGUAGUGUAGUGUAAUGUAGUGUAGCGUAGGGUAAUGUAGGGUAGCGUAGCAUUGGGUAGUGUAGUAUAAUGUAGCGUAGGGUAAUGUAGGGUAGCGUAGGGUUGGGUAAUGUAGGGUAGCAUAGGGUAGUGUAAUGUAGCAUAGGGUAAUGUAGUGUAGAGUAGCAUAGCGAGAACCUAUAAAUAUAGGAUGUGAGUGCUGACAUGUUAAUGCUGAAAGAGUGAUGCUAACACACUGGUUAUGUAAGAUAGGUUAAGAGCAGCACAGAGCACUAGAUACAGCCCCCCUACACACACACGCACACACACACACAUACACACACACACACAAGAGAAUAUCCUCAGGAUAAAUCUGCUUUUAGUAACACAGAUGAGUGAACAUAAUGUUUGGUCCAGUUACCAACACGGCACUGCAAGGUUGGGGUCAAUUCCAUUUCAAAUCCAGCCUAGCUGGUAAAAGUGUUCUUCCUGGAAUUGACUCUAACCCUGCAGCCCAGCUUGGUGCAGGUUGGAUUGUAAUUCUGUUUAGUCUGGCUACAGCAGGUUAACCGCUGUGCGCGUGUGUGUGUGUGUGUGUGUGUGUGUGUGUGUGUGUGUGUGUGUGUGUGUGUGUGUGUGUGUGUGUGUGUGUGUGUGUGUGUGUGUGUGUGUGUGUGUGUGUGUGUGUGUGUGUGUGUGUGUGUGUGUGU